AUGGCUUCGGGCGACUCAAAGUUUGAAGAUUUGUCCGAAGCAGACAUCGAUUCCCUCAUUGAUGAUGCAGUUCCUAAAAACACCAAGAAAGCAACUGCUUGGGGAAUAUCUGUUUUGAAAGGUAAGGUUGCGAAUUUUAAAUUUUUCAUUCACGCUAGUUGAACCUUAUUUUUGCGUGUUGUCAACAGUUUUGCUACCCUGCGAGCAGAGGCUACAUUUUCGCGGUAUGAGCUGGCGUGCGAAAAGUAGCCUCUGCCGACAACCGUUCAAUUUUCUAUCGUGCAUGCGCAAAAUUCGUCACGCGAUUCGCAAGCAACUGGUUCGUCAAAUCUGUGUGAGUUUCGCGGGAAAACUACCUGCGAACUACUCUCCUCGAGCUUCUGUUUUGUUUUUCUGCUUCGCCCCUUCUGGUUUUAACUAUUUUAGCCGCAAAAUUUCCACGGAUCGUCUUUUUUAGGAAAGUAUUUUUAUGCUAUCAACUGUAGUAAGUUCUGUCUGUUUUGCGAGAAGCACAUUUUUCCGGCUUUAAUAUUACCUAUUUAUUAGUUGUGCUCAAAGUGAAAAAUGAAAUUCGCCGACAACGCUACGCAGAAGUGAUGUUUGAAAUAAAUUGGAUGCUGUAGUCUCACGAUUGUGUUUUAAACUAAUAUUAUGAAUGAACAUAGACAAAACAGUAGUCAAAAAAAUUAUUAAUCGAAAAAUUUUAUUCUACAACCCAUAAUUUUAUCCUUAAAAGCAAUUCGCGUAAUACUAACUGGAUUGUGGAUCAUUUCACGCAAGUAAAAGCUGCCGAAGACAUCAAAUGUCAACGCCAAAAUCCGUCUCAAGUCGUAUAAAACAUCUAUGAAACAACUAUAAAUACUUAAAUUUCCAUUUAAAAACGGAACUUCCUUGACCAUUGAUGUGCAAGUUGUACCUGAAAAUUCUUUAAAAACUUUGCCGCCUUGGUUUCUUUUCAGAACAGGAGAAGCUUUCCACCGUGAAGAAACCAACCAGGUUGAAGUCCUUGAGGGCGAAUCAGUGUUCAGCCAAAAGCUUUUUUUCUACUUCUUCCACCAAAAGAAAACUGAUCGAUGAUUCUUUUGAACAUUCCGGUUCCCAUUUGUGUCUUAAAACAGUGCAUUUAGCCUUGCAUUGAGAGACGACACAACAAAAAUCACCGCAGUAUCCAUUUUCUUUUCCUGGCAAACAAGAACUACCAUAAUGAUAACUUAACGAUCUUUACACGGUCCCGUAAGAAGCACCGGCAGCAGCUUCUUUUGGUAUUCCGACAGCUUAAAAAUACAGAGCUUAUUCAAGUCGUUGACGAUGCUCUUUUAAACACAUAAACAGGGAUGUUUGAAGUUGUUUUGAACUUUUCCUGUUGCUACUUUCGAGCUACGUUGAUCCGCGUUCGUAUGCGAGAAUUUGGCGCGAAGGAAUGCAUGAAGGCGCAGUAAUGGUCAGCGUUCAUUCGCUGACGCAAGACUCACGCAAUGCUCUAAACCGGUCAAGAACAAGAAAAAACCCGUUUUUUUAAUUUAUUCGUCCAGAUUUCUGGACGGAUUUGAACGGUUGUCGGCAGAGGCUACUUUUCGCACGCCAGCUCAUACCGCGAAAAUGUAGCCUCUGCUCGCAGGGUACAGUUUUGCCGACUUUGAACAAAAUCAUCAUUGUAAGUAUUUUUUUCUUUUGUUUGUCUUUUAGACUGGUUAUCCAAAAAAUACCCAAGUGAGGUUUUGGAAAGUCUUUCACCAGAAGUUCUCUCUGAGAGGUUAAAGAAAUUCUAUCAAGAAUUAAGGAAAUCGCCGACAGAGCAUUACAGUGCUUCAGCGCACUUGUCCAUCAGAGCGGCCAUUGAUCGCCACUUGAACACACUGCCAGAGUUUAGCGGCAUUUCUAUCGUACGAGAUCCGCUAUUUAAAAUUGCAAAUAAAUCCCUGAGUGCUAAACUAAAACAGCUUAAAGCUCAAGGCUUUGCGAAAGUUCAACAUCAUCCAUCUAUUUCUCCCGAAGACAUCCAAAAGUGCUACGAGACGAAAGUUUUCAGUGACGAAACCCCAAUAAGUUUACUUCGCGUGAACUGGUUCAACAUCAGCCUUCACUUCUGUCGCCGUGGAAGGAAAAUCUUCGAUCCUUAA